GCAGGGGGUGGGACUGGAUGGGCUCUAAGGUUCUUUCCAAUUAAAACCACAUGACUGUACAAGUCUAUUAGUACCAUUCUUCCUAUAAAUGAUGGAUUUCAAAGCAGUACCUGAACUCAUUUGUCCUAAAGUUGACAAUGAAAUCUAAAAAAAAUUUAAAAUGUCAGUGGCAAUAAGAAGACAGUCAAUGUAAGUGUUUCUUUUGAGAAAGAAAUGUCCAAUUUUCAUAAAUGCCCAAUCUUAAUCCAUUAUUAAAUGAGAAGACAGAACAUUUCAUUGUUUUCUCCAUUUCAGAGUCAGGUAGUUGUGCAUUUCCAGCCUAUUUUAGAACUUUCUACAUUUCUAAAAUUCAAAAACGUUUCCCAUAACUUUGGUAAGAAAACUGUUCUAAGACAGGUAAGUUCAUUUUGAUGCCGGGAAAUAAAUGUUGCAUCUUUUUUUAACCUAUUUUAAGGUACAGGUUUUCACAAUAACUCUCUUUCAAGUGGUAAUCAAUUAAUUUUCAUAAUUUGCAGGGCAUGAGUCCAGUCAGAGGCCCUCCCAGCAGAGGGCCUCAAAUGGAAGGGAGACCUGUAGGUGUUGGGAUGGAUCUCAGCCAGGGUCCUGGAAGAGGAUUUAGGAGCAGCCAGGGAAAAAGGAGGAUAAAGGCAGUGAUGAAUUUAAGUCGUGUGGCAGUCAGUGCCCACAAACCCGUAGGAAGAGCUGAGUCUGCCCGUUCCCGGUGGAAGAAAGCAAAGAUAUUCCCAAUGAUCCUGCAGAAAGUAAAAGGCAGGAAAGAUUCCAGCUAUGCCAAGCUGCUGUCAGCUCGCCAAGCAGACGGGGACAAACCCAUGAUGAUCAGGGGAAGCUACUUCCAGAAAUCCACAGAUGACAGGCCCUCCAUGAGAAAACUAAACCACGUGUUGAAGCGCAUCAGCGUCUCCAGGAAAUUACAGGAGGGCCUUGACAAGGCACGUGGAGAGGAAGGGUCUGAAAGGGAUGAAGCCAAGUCGGGAGUUUCAAUCAGUAUCACGGCAGAGAGUGAGCAGGAGGACAGUGACUAUGAGAAGAGGAGGAAGAAGAGGAGGAGGCGCACCUCGGAUGAGUCCUCUGAGAAGAGCAGCAGCUCCGGCUCUGAGUCAGAAGACAAAGACUACUUGAAAAUAACCCUGGAUCAGGACGAGGCCACAGAAAGCACCGUGGACUCAGAUGAGGAAACUGGGGAUUUGGAGGAUUCUGAUGAGGACUCUGAAUCCAGCUCCAGCAGUGAGUCAGAGGAGGACUCAUCGGAAGAGGAUGAUGAUGAGGAAGACUCUGAGAGCGAUGAGGACGGCAGCCUGUCCAAGAGCUCAUCCACACGGAGCUCCUACAGCAGGUCAGGGACCAGUGAGUCCAGCAGCAGGAGAAGCACAGAAAUGUCCAGUGUAAAAAGCAGGGCAGGCAGCUCCCGUGGCAAACGCUCCAGCCAGAAAUCUGUGAGCUCCACUGCCUCAGGUAGUGACAGGGAUACGAGCUACAAGAAAACCUCAGGAUCCAGCUACAAGAGCAAAACCUCCUCUGCCAGUGUGGAAAUAGAGGACACCAUAGAAGAGGUGUCAGAAGAAGAGGAAGAGGCAGAGGAGACAGCAGAUAACUCAAACAAGGCAGUUUCUAAAACUGCCGAUGCAAAAGCUGCUGGAAAGGGCAAGGGAGGACACUCAGCUGCUCCUGGUGAGGACAGCGAGGAGGAAAGUGAGGAAGAGGUUGAUCCAGAGGACAGUGACAGAGACACUACCAGUAAGAAUGAAUCUUCUUGCCUAGACAGUGCAACUUCCAAAGGUACCACAGGGACAAAAAGCUCAGGUAGUGCCGUGUCUGGGAAAACUGCCACAUCCCCUGAGACUGAGACUCAGAGCUCUGACACCAACAGGAAAGGAAUGAAAACAAGGAAAAAGGUGUCCCAGGAAAGCAGCCAGGCCAAGUCAGAUGAGCCCUUGGGUACUGGAAUUACGGAGCCAGAGGCCACGGGUGAUUCCACCUCCUUUUAAAGAGGAGUGACAGUAGGUGGUGGUUUGCAGUGAGGAGUGGCUUUGUUUGCUGUGCCUUCUGUGUGGUCUUUCCUAAGCAAUACUGAUGAGCUGGAGACAGCCAAAAGGAAAGGGCAAAGCGUAAUGAUCCGGCUUUUCACUGUCCUUGGGAGAGAACUGU